GGCCGCAGGCACAAGGCAAACAACCCUCUCCCGGAGCCCUCUCUCUUCUCUACCGCCACGUCUCAGGUCACUGGCCUGAUUCCAAGCUCAAGAUGACUGUCCUGUCGCUGCCAUCGAGUUUCAAUAAUUCAUUCUGGUCUCAGGACUAUCGGAAAGGUUUAGAGGUGUUAUAUCGUAAACUUGAACAGGGAACCGCUGAAAAUGGCCAAGUUAUUGCAUUCGUAAGGGCACGCGCUGCAGCCGAGAACCAGUUGGCCAACGCCUUGUCGAAUCUCCCUAACGGAAAACCAGGGGUCGGCUUUCACGCCGAUGACGGUGCUUCACUUUUGAUGACGUUUCAAGGCCUAGUAGCAGAAUCCGUUUCUCAAGCACGGAUUCACAGGGCUGUUGCGAAAGAAUUGGAGACACUCGUUGCAGACCCGUUUGAAGAGUGGGCUGGGGGCUACAACAGUCGUUUACAACAAAGCAAGAGCGUCGUCUUGGAUCAAUGGUUGAAGGGCUACGAGUCGACUCAGGCUGACGUUGGUAAACUCAAACACCAAUACUUGGCGAAGACCAGGAAGGCGGAUGAAGCAGAAGAAGACGCGAAAUUCGCCCCUAAUAGCUCUCGAGUCACAGACCACUACACAACAUCUCCUCGUCUCCGUCCUCUCGAUGGCCGUUCACCACCUCAACGCACUGCCAGCGUCUCAGAACGCAUUGCUCAACGACUCAAAGAGAUUCAAAAGAGAAGUGUGGGCGCUCUAUCCGGAGAUUCGGCAACGCCACAUGCAACAUCUGAAAGCACCAGCCUCUUUACAGCAGAACACGAGUUGGAAUCUGACCGUCCUAAAUCUGGCAAAGGCAAAGGCAAGGCCGUCGAUGAAGGUCCUGCUUCACCCGCAGUACUUAGUUCCCCAUUGCCAAUGUCUCCAUUGUUGCCACCAAAAGUGGACAUACCACCUCCACCUGUUUCUGCGGGUGAAAUGGUUCUUGGCGGUGUUCCAAUGCCCCUGUCUGCUAUAUCUCAACUUCUAACUCGAGCAGCAAACGAGAUCAACCUUCGGCCCGUGAAGUUCCCACUUCUCGGCGAGUAUCAAGAUUGUUUCAACGGUGAAGAGUUUGUUAUGUGGUUGAAAGACAAUAUGCCUGCUCUCGAAGGUAACUUGGAUCGGGCUGAAGAUGCCGCUAGGGCUUUGACUGAGCAAGAGGGUCUACUUAGACGUAUCGGAGAGUUUGGAAAUGCUUUUGAGGACGCUGACGAUGCCUUUUAUCAGUUUCGAGCCAAGGCCUUUAACCUCGAUGAUAAGGCCGAGACCAUCACAUCCCCUAUUAAGAGUAGUAUACAGACUGGCGAGAUCAUUAAGCGUACCAACAACUUUGUCAGCCUUGUCAGCAAGGCCCUUGCCGCUAACCCUACCAACGAGCCCGCUUUCGUGAGAGCUAGGCACGAGGCUGAAGAGGCAGACAAGGCUUACAGAGUCGCGGUUCGUCAGCUGGACAGACGAAGACUUCACCUUGAGGAAAGGCUCGAAGAGACCUUCAAGACCUUACAGAGAUGGGAAACUGAACGCCUUCGCGCGAUCAAGACCGUCCUGCUACAGUUCCAAGGAACCCUUGCCGAGCUUCCGAAGUCGCUCGAGUCCUCUUUUGAACGUCAAUCCACUCUUAUUGCAGCAUAUCAAUCAGACACGGAUCUAACUGCGUUGAUUGAACGAUACCACACAGGCCCAUUCAGACCCGAUCCUCAAGUGUAUGAAUCGGUCUUUCACGACGAGUGCGAUACCGUAUUCGGAAUCGAUAUUAGAAAGUGGAGUGAUGGGGGAGUUGGCCUUUUAUCCACCCCGAGCCCUGACAGGAAGGAGGCUAUUCCUGAAGUCGUGUCUGCUCUGCUGAGGGCCUUAGCCUCUGCAUACGAAAAGCUUCCCAACGAUACCGAGAAACGCAAAGCGUGGAUAUAUGAAGUCCCACUAGUCAAUGUUCAUCAUCUACGCGAAGCGCUCAAUGGAGUUCCGCCUGAAUCUCCGAUUUCUCCUCAGUUGUUCGAGCCUUAUGAUGUUCCUGUCAUUGCUUCUACGAUCAAAUUGUGGUUAUUGGAGCUUGAUCCCCCCCUGGCGAUGUACGAAGGAUGGGAUGACUUCCGAAAAAUAUAUCCUGCAAUAGGUGCUACGAUGGUUGUAAAACCGGAUGGCGAUGACGCGCAGGAGGCGAAACUCAAGGAAGUGGGUGCCGCUCUGCAAAAACUGCCCAAAAUUCACUUGUAUGUCUUGGACGCAAUUGUGAGCCAUUUGAAGAAUCUUAUUGACUCGACGACUGUUGAGGAACCAAAUGAGGUGUACAUCGCCAAGCUCGCUCUAGCGUUAGGUCGAACAAUUCUUCGACCAAAGGUAGAAAAUGAGCUGUCUAUUCAAGACCGGCAUCCUACUCUGCUCUUCAUCGAUUUGUUACGGUAUUACGACCAAUUGUUGCCUCCCACCAUCGUAAGGAAGAAGCGAGAAUCGGAACGCAAAAUUCCCACUCGGAAGCGUACCGCUCCUAUCGACAUGCGGCUGAGCAGAAGCAGGAUCUCCGUUGGUGCCGAUGCAAAACAGCUGCUUGUAGCUCAGCAAGCAGCGCAACAAGGUAUCAAAAUUGAGCAGCAAGCACCUCCGCCGGUGCCACCCAUUCCUUCUCAAAUUAGCCAACCAAGUCCCAGACCCCCACCACCCCCGAUGACCCCAGAGAAAGAUGCUUCACCGCCUCCGCCUCCACCACUCCCUAUUUUUGCCGAACCUCAAUCGGUGAAAGCGGUAACUCCACCACCACUAGCAAUCAGCUCGGAUAUACCACCCAGACCAGCCUUUAAAGAACCUCCACCAGACGACGAUGACCUUCCUCCAAGGCCCAUGUUUAAGGAGCCCCCUCCCGAACCUGAAGAUGACGAUACUCCUCCCAGACCCAGCCCCGCUGAAGCUUCUGUAGAAGAACCACAUUCCCCGAACCCACGAGGGAAAGUUCCGGUCACUGCCGUUAUACCUCCCUCGCCAGAUAGUCGCUCAAUCAAACGCACAAGCACAAGUUCUAGAUCUGGGAGCCCUGUGCCCUCCAGUCCUGAAGAAAAUAAAUCCUCUAUUGCAAGGUCAUCCUCGGGAGGUGUUCGUGGACCAAGGAUUACCAGAGGACCGCGAGCGCCAGGUGGGGGUAAUGUCUCGAGUCUGGUGUCAAAUAUAAACCGGACCACCACUACCUCUCCCACCCCUAGUUACAAAAGGCUUUCAGGAAGCCCGAGUAGGCGGCCUUCAAGUGUUUUGGGGAGGUCCUCCGCGUUUUCGAGGCGAACGAUGGCUAGUGACGCAGAGGAUGAUGUCGUUGAUAAAUGA